AUGGCGACCUACAAUGUUCCACCGCCUCCCAUCUAUCGAGGCGUGACCAAAAAAGAAGUACUCCCUUAUGAAACCCCUCACGAAAGCAUUCAACCGCAGACACACAUGAAUUCGGCUGCGAUAUCCCGCCUCGAACAGCGAGCUGGGCUUGACGCCAACAUAUGCCUUAUUACUCUGGAGUCACAUGGCGCCUCUAUCGAUCGCGCACACAUUGUCGACAGAGCCAACCUUCCAAAGGCGGAGGCCGCAUUUGAAACGCCCAAGGUUUUACACCUCGAAUAUAUCUUUGGACUCCCGCCUGACGAAUUCCACUCAGACUCCUCGUUCAACGUCGUCUAUUUAAGACGAGAUAUACAUGUCAUGUUGGACCAGUUUGGUUGCGCGAUAUUACCAAGUCUGAAGAUUAUGGAAGCGAUUCAUGAAUACUUCAAGGGCAUCAUCGACGAAAGGAAGCAGGUAGAGACCUCCGAAAAGGCGAAGAAAUCCAAAAAGAAGGGCACCAAAGAAGCUGAACCCACGCCAUUCAAGAACUGGAAAGAGCACGACUUUGUUAAGAACGUGGAGAGGUUUCAGUAUUACUUCAUCCCUCUCCUCUGCACUCAGAACUUCGGCGUAGUCAUCGAUCGCGCAAACGAGGCCUACUUCGAUGGGAAGAAUUUCCCCGUGCUCUCUUCGUGGAUUAAUCCGUUGACCGCGAUUUGGAACGCCGGACCCAAAAUCGAUGCGCUCGACAAGAGCUCUCGGUUUUCUCUGCUCUUGCUGGGCUGGCCGACGGUGCAACUUGUGACGAAGGCGUACGAGAUAUGGAGGCUCUGGAAAUCUGUGUCCCUUCCACAGGAGUACGUUCCCCAACCGCCGAAGUCUAUAUUGGCCUCGUCUCCGACGCGUGAGUCCGGGCCAUCGAAAUCCCAGGCGAAGCCCCAAACAAGGUCACAGAUAUCGAUCCCUUCGAAGACCGCAGACGACGCGCAGGCUGGUCCGUCCAGGGGUGUUGGUAGGCCGAGACCCGUCACUCGUUCCUCUCGAUCUGUCAACAGUGCGAUGGCUAGCCUUAAUCUCAAGGACGGUGGAGACGCGGCAAGUCAGAAGAGCAGGGGCAGCGGUACGAGCAAGAAGGGAAAGGGGAAAGCCCGUGCUGACGAUGAAUAA